UAAUUUAUGGGUAAAAAGGAAGUAUCAACCUUCAUUUUUUUAAAACUAAACGUGACAGACAGGUUUGGAAGGGAGGGGGGCCACUGACGUCAUGACACCAAACAUGUAUUUACCAAACCUCCAUCAACAAUACAGUUCUGCUGUCAGCACAGCUUAAAUGGUAAGUACACAUUUUCACUGUCAAACUACAAUUUUGUUGACUUUUUGUGAUUUUGUUGUUGUUUAUUUAAUUGUUUAUUUUAAAUUAAGACCUACGUGUUGCUUUUUGAAACUUCAUAUGCCAAGAACUGUAUUGCAAAUAUUCAAACACUUGUUCUUUGUCAGAUUUGAUGAUUCCCUGAAACAGCUGAUCUGUGUUUGGUCCAGUGCAGAUGCCGGUGCCUCUCCUGAGCGCAUGCGCGCCCGCGGUUCUGGCGCUGACCUGCUUGCUCGCGGCGCCUCUGCGAGGCCAGAGGCCGGGUCAGGUGGACCCGCUGGCUGUGCCCCGGGCGGACCCGCAGUGCUGGGACGCCUCCUCGGCUCUGCUGCUGGAGAUGCGCUCUCCGAGGAUCGCCGACACGGUUCCCGCCUUCUGGGACCUGAUGGAGUCCCUGAGGUCGUCGGACAAGGGGAAACACUCGGCACUGUUCUGGGACCUGGCCCGGGUCUUCUGGGACCUCUACCUGGACUGUGUCCUGUCCAGGAGCCACGGUCUGGGCAGGAGGCACAUAACCUCAAUGCACUCACUAAUCAGUGACAAGUCCUUCCGAUUCAACAGUUCGGGUGUGAACUCCCGCGCUUGGAUCAGUGUGAGAGUCAGACGCAGAGGACACAUCACAACCCUGAAGACAAACCGUGAUAAAUGACUGCUGGGAAAUCCACAUAGACAGCCUUUUAUUUAAAUAAAAACGCUCCAUGCAAGACUAAAUGUUUUUUUUUUUUUACUUCUUUAUGCAAUAUCUACAAAAUGUUUCAGAUAAAUGCCAUGAGUUGAGGUUAAAUCCUAAUUUUCCACUUUUUAUUCAGUAACAAUUAAUUUUUUGAAUGUUUAUUGUUAGUCCAUCUAAUGCACUAAACAUCCUUUUCAAAAGGUGCAUGUUUCCUGUCCUAACUGUAUGUUCUUGA